AUGCUCAUUUGUUUUCCCAACCUUAGACGUUCUCCAAGAGCUGGGGACACGGCUGGUAUCGUAAUUGGUUCUGCUCCUCCUUCCACCAUGACAGCGGAAAUGGGUCAAGCAGGCCCUCCACAGCACACUCAACCGGGUUUGCGCGAUCAGUUGGUUGAAAAGGCUGCAGUAGGUGCUGUUCGUGGAGCUAUGAGCGGUGGAUAUCCGAGUGGACCGUAUUCCGGCUUCUGA